AUGCCAACCUCGGAGCUGCUUCGCAACCAAGCGAAGCUUGAUAUUUCGGGGCCGAGCAGAGAAGAGAAAAUGGACGAUUUCAUCUCUAGAGGGGUAAUCAGCGAGGACGAAGCAGAAGAUCUCUAUCGGAUCAACAGCUUUCAUAUAUCGCUGAAUCACUAUCUCUGGGUUGGUUUGGAGCAGAUACACAACAGCUUAGCCUCUGUUCGUCGCUCAUCACAACUGCUCACGGCGACUAUCCUGACCGUCACAGCCCUUCAUAUACCAUCCAGUGCUAAAACAUUCGAUGAUUGCUAUAAUGAGUUCCUCAGUCUCAUUUCAUCUUCCAUGUUUUCUCGAUAUCACUCGGUAGAUGAUGUCCGGGCCCUCUGCAUUGCCGCCUUCUGGCUUUCUGAUGUCUCUUGGAAACUUUCAGGGCACGCUAUACGCAUUGCGACCGAGCUAAAUAUUCACCAAUCCUUUUUCAAAGCAUUAGAGGGUGACCCUGAGCACUUUUUGAGAGCGAGACUUUGGUAUAUGCUCUAUGUUUGUGACCAUCACUUUAGCAUCGCAUACGGACGACCUCCUAUGAUAGGCGAGAGUCUUCAGAUAAGAGAACACGAGAUAUUUCUCGAUCUUCCACUAGCAGAUGCUAUUGACUUCCGCGUCUUGUCGCAAGUAUCUCUAUUCCAAAUAUUGACUCGCGUACAUGAUUGCUUCGCUGAAAGGAGACUCCCACAUCAGGAUACCACGCGGGCCUUGCUGUCCGAGAAGAAUUUCCCACAAAUGCGAUCUUUUAACCUGGAAAUCGAUAAAUGGAGAAUUUUGUGGCAGUCUCGUCAAGUGGCAAAUAAAUACAUCGGAUCAUUUCCACCAAAAGGAAUUGUUCUCUAUGCAUAUUUUGCUAAAUUCCAGCUCAAUUCCUUCGCUGUUCGAGGGAUCAAUAUUUACGAAGGAAUAAUAUCCACGGAACGAAAAGAAUUUGCGAACAUGGCAGUCUCGGCUGCAGCAAGCUCGCUCACAUUUGUUCUAGAAGAAGAAGAUCUUCGCCGCGCUCUAGUUGGUACACCAUUAUAUGUCCAUACGAUGAUUGCAUUCUCUGCGGUCUUCCUCAUGAAAGUGGCAACAAAGUGGAAUGCAGUUGGUUUCAACGUUGAUCCCGCAUUUGUGUGGGACUUGCUCGAUCGAGUCAUACACCUUCUCAAAACAACAAUAACCAGCAAGCGACAUCUACUUUAUCACAUCGGAGCCGGCCUUGAGAAAAUGAGAACAAGACUUCUGGAGCAGGAGAAUUAUCCCCAGAGUAGCACAUCUCUUCAGCAGCAAUUUCAGACUCCCUUUGAAUGCUGUGAUGAUGAUGCGAACACGAUCAAUCAAUCAGCGUACCUUCAUGAUAGGAACGGAGACUUCAAUUCUUCUACUUGGAAUAAUGGCCCUCAUAUGGCUGCUGUGCAUGAAUUUACGAGCGACAAUGAUGGCAUGAAAAGGAAGAUUGCACCCGAUACAGAUUCCGGGUUCGAUCAAAUCAUGUCCAUGAGCAAUGACUUGAUAUAUGAAGUUUUUGGGGAGAACGAGUCAUCUUACGAUGUUUACAGUCUAUUGAGUAGUCAGUUUGCAGCAUAA